AUGGUACCAUAAGUCAUAAAUAAAUCAUCAAAAGAUACGAUCAAUUUUAUCAUCAUGAAAAAUUGGCAUAUUAAGGAAUUAUGUAAUGAAGCCCCGGUUUCAACUUAUUACCAUUACAAGAUUGGCCGAGCAAAGCAAAGAACUGUUUAUUGCUACGAUUGAAAAUGGAAAUCAAAAGCGCUUGCUCGGGCGGUGCGCUGCGGCUCGGCUACAUCCGCAUCGUGCGGCGCUUCCUGUGGUUCCCGGGCUCGUGGCCGGGCCGCGCGCUGGGCGAGCGCGUGCCGCCGCUCAUCCGCUACCACCAGUACCAGAUACAAGUGCAGACCCUGCUCAUACUCGUUGGACAGAUUCUGUACCUGGCAGAGUACCAUGAAACUAUGUCUUUUCUAACGAUCGGUCAUGUUUACAUUACGACUUUUCUUGCUUUUCUAACUAGCGUUCGAGUCUUGGUGCCAUUGCUACCAGGGUAUAAGAAAGUAGUUAAAACAUUCCUGAUGGAGUUUCACUUAUUUUAUCACCAACAUAAGGGCACAUACGAGAAACAGAUAGCGAUGUAUUGGGAUAAAUACUCGUACGUGCUGACAUUGUUUCAAAUGGCGAUGGUGGUGCUCGGCAUGACGCUGUUCAACCUGCUGCCGGUGUACAAGAGCUACCGCGCCGGCGCCUUCACCGCCUGGGACCUCACCAACAAGACGCUCGAAUACUCAAUCUACUACACACUACCCGGCUUCAACUGCCUGGACCAUUUCUACAUAGCAACAACUUUAAAUCUAUACUUGUCUUACAUAACUUCUUGUAGCAUCUGCACUCUGGAUUUGCUCCUAAUAUUAAUCGUAUUUCAAAUCAUUGGACAUAUUCAAAUUCUGAAAUACAACAUAGAAAAUAUUCCCACACCAUCCCGUUCCGUUAGUAUUUUUGUCACAGAGAUUUCGCCGUCCUCUAACUCUAACGUAACUGUGCAGUUAUAUAAUAAAGAGGAGAAUUAUGUAAUAAAGCAAAAGUUGAUUGGUUUUAUCAGCCAUCACAGAUUCAUUAUCAGUUUCGCGGAUCGCGUAUCGUCGCUUUUCGGAGCCAUGCUCGCUUUCAACUAUCUGUUCCAAUUAGUCAGUGGAUGCGUGCUACUCUUGGAAUGUUCCAGCAUGGAUCCAGAUGCGUUGGCGCGCUUCGGACCCCUCACUUGCAUAGUGUUUGGAGAACUAAUACAGAUAUCUAUUAUUUUUGAAUAUAUAGGAUACAUAAGCGAGAAACUGAUCGACGCAGUGUACUGCAUGCCGUGGGAGAGCAUGGACGUCAGCAACCAGAAGACGGUCAAGUUCUUCCUGAGCCGCAUCCAGACGCCCAUCCAGCUCACCGCCAUGGGCAUCGUGCCCGUCGGCGUGCAGACCAUGCUGGGGAUAUUAAAAACGACACUAUCAUAUUUUGCUUUGCUAAAAUCAAUCAGCGAAUAGUGGCCUAGAUUCCACAUAUUCUACUACAUUUUAUUAUAAAGCACACUGCAAAAGUAACAGAAAAUAUAGGAACAAUGCAUUCACAGAGGCAUGGUAUCGCAUAAGGCCCACUGGAACCAGGAUCUUCUAGUUUUAUUUUUAUU